AUGGAGAUAACGAACAGAAAUGACAUCAUACAUCAAUUGACAAAGGAGAAAACAAGUUCUCUCUACAUAGAGAUAACAUCUUUGAACAAAACAAACAUGUUUAUAAGAUAUGAUUUCUUCUUCGUAAACAACGAAAACAAUGGCUACAGACUGAAUGUUGGUGGAAAAGCUACGGGAAGCUUGGAAGACAAGAUCAGGAACGCACCGUUAUCUGACGUAAUAAACAAUGCCAGAUUUACCACUUUUGACAAGGAUAACGACCGGUCCCCAGGAAACUGUGCUACUGAACACCGAGGUGGCUGGUGGUUUAAUUACUGCCAUGAUGUUUUCCUCAAUGGACUUUAUCCCCCCGGACAAUGGCAUCAGCCUUGGGAUCCACCUUUUAGUAAUGGAUCUUAUGUUUCUAGUACGAAGAUGAUGACCAGGCGUAAAAAAUUCCUGUAG